AUGACUCUAGACGAUUUUGAGAAGUCGCUGGCGGAGGAUCAAGAGCGACGACGCGAACGAAGCGACAGAGAGAAGCAUCGACACAGAGAUCGAGACCGAGAUCGCAGCAAAGAACGAUCAAGGCACCAUCGUCAUCAUCACCAUCAUCGGCGCCAUUCGUCGAGGUCGAGAGAACGAGAGUCGGAUCGCCCUCGAGAGUCGCGUGAUAGUGAGGAAAAUGGACAUCGACACAAGCGAUCACGCCAUUCCACCGAUCACGGCGAUGACCGGGAUCAUUCCCACAAGCGCCGGCACAGGAGGGAGAGUAAAGGCAAUGAAUCAGAAACUACAGCUCCGGUGAAGGAGAUAGUUCAGCAGGAGCCUAGUCUGUUGCGGCGGGAUGCCUGGAUGGAAGCGCCAUCCGCCCUCGAUGUCGAUUAUGUUCACCGACGAGACACUACACGGUUGGAGGAAGAACCGAAAGCCAAGAUGCUCCAAGCGGACUUUGAGCUGAAGAUACACGACCGAGAACUGAACCAGCAUCUCCGUGAUCUGAAAGACGAGAAAGAGCUGGCUGAGGUAGAGGAAAAGCCAGCACAGCACGAGGUGGAUUACACUAUCGGGGAUGCUGGCUCCCAGUGGAGAAUGACAAAGCUCCGAGGCGUAUAUCGGGAGGCAGAGGAGAGUGGGAAACCUGUGGAGGAAGUUGCAAUUGAGCGCUUCGGGGAUCUGCGCUCGUUUGAUGAUGCGCGUGAAGAAGAGGCGGAGUUGGACCGCCGCGCACGGUAUGGCGAGGGUUACGUGGGCAAAGAAAAGCCAACAGGGGACCUCUUCCAGGAGAGAAAGCUUGAACAAGGGGUUCAUAGGAAACCUCUGGAACACGUUAGAGAUCCUGAACAGGAGCUUGCAGCUCGUGGUCAAGGUCAGAAGAUCGACACGGUGCCUCCUUCCGGCGCCACACAGCACCUUGAUCUGACAGCUCUCAACCGACUCAAAGCGCAGAUGAUGAAGGCAAAGCUUAAGGGAUCGGCUGAAGCAGCAGAGCUUGAGGAGCGUUACAAUGCGGCCGCAGCGGCAAUGGCCAAUCGCAAGGAGUCCGAUGUUGUAGUGCUCGGAGUCAUGGAGAACCGAAUGCUUGCAGGACAAAGAAACGAAGCCAAGCCCGUCGAGACUAGGAGGGGCCGGGAGCGAGGACAGCUGGAGGAAAAUGAGGAUAUGACUAUUGAAGACAUGGUCCGAGAAGAGCGGCGGACGCGGGAUCAAUUUGGUGGAGAUGGGAGACGACUGGCGGAAAGGAUCGCCAGAGACUCGAAAUUCGAGAAUGAUUUGGAAUACAUGGACGAUAAUGCCGCCAAACUCGCCAAAAGGGUGCAUCGGUCUGAGAUCAACCUCAAGAACGCUACUAUCAGCGAAUUUCAAAAGAUGAAUCGGAUCUUGGACAACUGCCCGCUCUGUCAUCAUGAAGAUACCAACACGCCCCCAAUCGCUCCUGUGGUGUCUUUGGCGACCCGAACCUAUCUGACUCUCCCCACCGAACCCGAGCUUAGCGAKGGAUGCGCUACCAUAGUUCCUAUCCAGCAUCGCACCAACCUGAUGGAGUGUGAUGACGAUGAGUGGGAAGAGAUCCGGAAUUUCAUGAAGAGUCUAACCCGGAUGUACCACGAUCAAGGCCGCGAUGUCAUUUUCUACGAGAACGCAGCUCAGCCAAAUCGGAAGAGACAUGCAGCCAUGGAAGCCGUUCCACUGCCGUACAGUCUUGGGGAAACAUCGCCCGCCUUCUUCAGGGAAGCGAUUCUCGCAGCAGACUCUGAAUGGACGCAGCACCGAAAACUGAUCGACACCCUUGCCAAGGCGAAGCAGGGACUGGGUCGGAAUGCGUUCCGUCGCACUCUGGUCAAAGAGAUGCCCUACUUCCAUGUUUGGUUCGAGUUGGACGGAGGACUGGGCCACGUGGUGGAGGACGAGCACCGCUGGCCACGCGGCGAUCUGUUUGCCCGCGAGGUUAUUGGAGGCAUGCUCGAUCUAGGCCCAGAGGUGAUUAAACGACAGGGCCGCUGGAACCGAGGAGGCGAUCGCAGAGUGGACGGGUUUAAGAAGAGAUGGCGGAAGUUCGAUUGGACCCGAGUGCUUGUGGAGGGAUAG